AUGGUCAGUUACCAACCUCGUAAUGGCAAGCUGAAAAUUGGAGACGAUGUUGAGGAUAUAUAUUUGGAUCAUCGAGUACAAGAGCUGACAAAAGCCUUGUUCCCUACUGCUACUGGAUUUAGAUCUUGCAUUAAAUCAAUGAUUGAUCUUCUUGAAUAUUGUGUUUCUGAUUAUCGUUUAUUUGUUGAGAUCGAGUUAAACAAUAAGAGAAACCUCAAAUCAUUUCUAGAGUUUCUUAGAGAAAGGUUCCAGUCAGCAAAAGGGAUACUAGAAUCUUGCAUUUCUAUCUUGUGUACGCAUGUGGGGAGGAGUUUGUUGAAACAUAACAUUCGGAAAUUAGUAUGUUUAAGUGAGGCACUUGAAUCAUUUCAGGGCUACUUGUUUCAAAGUAAUUUGCCUUCUAAAGAAUUGGAAAAGCUAUUUACUUACAAAAAUUUACCAGAGAUGGAUUCUUGGUCAUUUGAUGGUGCAGCAUACAAGCUGUACAUGAAGCGAAUUGAAUGUCUCAAUGCUUUAAUGACUGUGGUAGAUUCAAUUGAUGAGUUCAUACUGAUAAAAUCUUAUAAAUAUGAAUCAAUCAGACAGUUUUGUUUCCAAACAUCGUCGUUGAUAUUUUGCACAGCUUCUGGUUCUCAUAAGUUGCGCUCUUUAACCAUGAAGCCAUUUGACAUUUUGGUGAUAGAUGAGGCUGCACAGCUAAAAGAGUGUGAAUCAAUAAUACCUCUUUUACUUCCAGGCAUAAAACAUGUCAUUCUUGCUGGCGAUGAGCUUCAACUUCAGUCAAUGGUUUCUAAGGAAGCUGGUUUUGGGAGGAGCUUAUUUGAAAGAUUGAGUUCAUUAGGUUACCCAAAGUCUCUCCUUAAGGAUGCACCAAAUGUGGGAAGAUAUGACUUUGGGAAGAAAUAUCUCCCAGGGCCAAUGUUUGGUCCUUAUUCUUUUAUAAAUGUAGUUGGAGGCAAAGAACAGUUUGAUGAUGAAGGAAGGAGCCACAAAAAUUUAGCAGAGGUCGCAGUUGUGAUGACAAUACUGAAAAAUCUGCACAAAGCAUGGUUGACCUCAAAACAUGAAUUAAGCAUUGGUAUUAUGACUCCCUAUGCUGGCCAAGUUGCUGAAAUUCAGGAGAAACUCGGAAAGAUUUAUGAAAGUGAUGAUGGAUUUAAUGUCGUGGUGAUGUCUGUUGAUGGUUUUCAAGGAGGGGAGAAGGAUAUUAUUAUGUUAUCAACUGUAAGAACAAGCAGUAGAUCAUCUCUUGAGUUCAUUUCCUCUCCGCAGAGGACUAAUGUUGCUCUUACAAGAGCUAGGCACUGCUUAUGGAUUUUGGGGAAUGAAUGGGCCAUUACAAAGAAUGAAAACGUUUGGAAUGCUAUUGUGCUUGAUGCCAAGAAACGUAAUUGUUUCUUUAAUGCAGAACAAGACGAGGAAAUGGCGACAGCUAUAUUGGAUUCCAAGAAAGAGGCAGAUCAGUUUGAUGAUUUGCUUGAUACAAAUAGUGUCCUCUUCAAAAAUAAAUUGUGGAAGGUUGAUUUUACUGACAAAUUCCGGAGGUCAUUCAAACGGCUAAAGUUUGAAGCGAGCAAGAAUAAGGUUAUCAACCUUAUUGAAAGGCUUUCCAGUGGAUGGAGGCCGAAAUGGAAUAAUGUGGAUUUGUAUUGUGAGAAUUCAACUCAUAUUUUGAAAAAGUUUAAGGUUGAAACUAACUAUGUUAUUUGUUCAAUAGAAAUAGUCAAAGGUUCAAGGUAUAUUCAGGUUUUGAAGAUAUGGAACAUAUUGCCUUUAGAGGAUAUCCAACAGUUGGCUAAACGCCUUGACAAUUUGUUCAAAAGAUACACCGAUGAAUAUAUCAGGAUGUGCAAAAAGAAAGGAACAAAUAACCUUCGGGACAUGGAGUUUCCAUUGAAUUGGCCACUUUCAGCCAAUAUCCAAAAGUUUGAGAAUGUUCAUAAUAAU